UGGCACCGAGCGAUGGCACCGAGCGAUGGCACCGAGCGAUGGCACCGAGCGCGCCCCGGGGCGGGCGGGGACGCGAUCCGGGGCACCCCGCGACCGGGCAGGGCGGUGCUCAGAGGCGGGAGGGACCGGGCAGGACGGUUCUUAGCAUUCCGGGCGAUGCCGCCAGCGGGAGCCAUGGAGGUGCAGUCCUACUACACCAAACUGCUGGGGGAGCUGAACGAGCAGCGCAAGCGGGAUUUCUUCUGCGACUGCAGCAUCAUCGUGGAGGGCAGGAUCUUCAAAGCGCACAAGAACAUCCUGUUCGCCAACAGCGGCUACUUCCGAGCGCUGCUCAUCCACUACAUCCAGGACAGCGGGCGCCACAGCACGGCCUCGCUGGACAUCGUCACCUCCGAGGCUUUCUCCAUCAUCCUGGAUUUCCUCUACUCCGGGAAGCUGGAUCUGUGCGGUGACAACGUCAUCGAGGUGAUGUCGGCCGCCAGCUACCUGCAGAUGACCGACGUGGUCAACUUCUGCAAAGCCUACAUCAGGUCCUCGCUGGACAUCUGCAGGAAGAUGGAGCGGGAGGCGGCGUUUUACCAGGCUGACAGCGGCAGCUCGGCCAGGGAGGGCUCCUCCUCGGCCCUCAGGGGCUGUGCCUCAGUUUCCCCGCCGCAGGAGAAGGAGAAAACCCCGCAGUGCCAGCGGGAGCCUCCGUGCGGGGCCAGGGACCCCCCGAGCAGCGGCUCCGCGCUGCCCCCAGGGGUGGAACCCAAGGUGGAGUUCGACCCUGACGAGGCGGAGGCGGAGGUGGAGGAGCGGCUGCCUCAGUUUCCCGCGGGGCAGCUGGAAGAGGGGCAGCCCGUGGAGCUGGCCUGCAAUAAUUUCCACAUGAAGCAGUUCCUGGAGGCUCUGCUGCGCGGCGGCGCGGCGCCCGGCAAGGAGGACGUGGUGCAGCACUUUGUCCGGGGGUUUGAGGGGAGGGCAGAGGAGGCGGGAGCGGCCGUGAGCUCCAUGGUGGACAUUCACAGCGACUGGUACGGAGAGGACACAGGUGACGUGCUGGUGGUGCCCAUCAAGCUGCACAAGUGCCCGUUCUGCCCCUACACGGCCAAGCAGAAGGGGAUCCUGAAGCGCCACAUCCGCUCGCACACGGGCGAGCGGCCCUACCCCUGCGACACCUGCGGCAAGCGCUUCACCCGCCAGGAGCACCUGCGCAGCCACGCCCUCAGCGUGCACCGCUCCAACAAGCCCAUCAUCUGCAAGGGCUGCAGGAGGACCUUCAGCACGGGGCUGUCGCAGGGGCUGCGGCGCUUCGGGCUCUGUGACAGCUGCACCUGCGUCACCACCACGCACGAGGAGCCCCUGCCCACCCCCCUGAGCCUGCUGGAAACGGCCUCGGAGGGCCACGAGAGAGGGGAGCCCGACAGUGACUGGCCCAUCUACGUCGAGUCCGGCGAGGAAAACGAGCCAGGGGAGGAUGAGGAUGGAGAUGACAAGCGGGAAAUCCAGCGGGUUUCAGACAGGGAGGUUUUGAUGUAGCACUGAGAGGUUCCCUGGCAGUGUCUGUGACAGGACUGCACGUUUGCUCAAUCACUGACGCUGUGCUGGGGUUUGUUAUUCUGGUUUUUAAUUGGAAUUUUUAAUGCUGUUUGAGUUUUCGGUGCUGCGCAUCAGGAAUCUGGGAAGAGUUUUUGGUCUGGGGGUCACAGAGGUUGGACUUGAGGAGUUUCUCUGCCUCCUGGUUUUGGUUUUGCAGGUGGGACACCUCUGGGUUGUUUUGGGGACAGAUUUCUUCAAAUAAUGAGUCAUUAAUCCCUGGUCUGACAGGGACACCACCUUUUCUCUGAAGGUGACAUAAAAUGUGGUUUACAUUUCUUACCUUGGGACUUUUCCAAGCUAAUCUGUGAUCCUUCUUAGGACAGUGUUAUCUGAAUUAUGAACCAUAAAUAUUCACUGAGACUGAAUUUGACCUGGAAACCAGGGCAGAAAAACCAGGAUAACAACAAAAAACCCCAAACAAAAUAUGCUGCUGAAAGGAUAGACAGGAAGAAUAAAUUAUUUCACAUAAUUAAUGGCAGGAAUUUAAAGAUCAAGCUUUUCUUUCUGAAUUUUUACUGCAUCUAAGAGCUCAGGCUGUAGAUCUUCAGCUGUGUUUUUAUUGUCACUCAGUAGUCUUGGCUUAAAUAUUAAGCACAAAUAAUGGUGUUUUAGUGGCCAGGACUAAGAGAAGAGCCCAAAUUCUUUUCAGCUUUUUACAUAGGAGUUAAAAGCUGUCAAGCAGGUUCCUUGGGAAUUCUGACAGAUCGAAUAACCAGAUCCACACCUGGUGUAGCUGAGGAGCAGUGAAAUAUCUCAGCUAUGCCAUAAAAGAGCUCUGAGUGCCCUUUUGGAAUUCUUUUCUUUUACUGUAAUUUCUUUUACAAUUCGGGGGUCCUCUCAUGAUUUAUGUUUUGUGAUUUUAUCCAAUUUUUUUUUUUUAAAACCUCUGUAGACCUCCUGUUUCUUUGCCGGGGCAGCUAAAGGUUUUUAAAGGAGGUGAGAUUUUGUCACCUUUUCCAGCAGCAAAUUUUUAAAGCUGUUAAAACUCAGGCUGGGAAGCUUUAGAAGAAAACCCAGCACCACCAGAAAGCCUGUUAGCCUAGGGGUGACCUCCUGUCCCCUGACAAAGGGACAAAACUCAAAUAUACUGUGAAAUAAGACUGUUAGUGCUUCUUCACUCUGCUGUUCCUCAGUGUUUCAUGAAAAAGCAAAUUUGUUGAGUCUUUUUGGAGCAGAAUUCUGUAGAUUUGGCUGAUGAAGAGCGAGCAGCUCCUCCCUCUUGGUGCUGUUUCCUGAAGGUUUUUGGUGUAAAGAUUUUUCCACUUGGCAAACCCAAAAAAAACCCAAGAGCCCUCUGAAUUAACCAGGGUAUUUUCUGCAUACCUCGUGCUUUUCUUGAAAAAGAGCAAUUCAGUUUCUCCCUCUGCUUCACCCAGCAGUGAAACUGUCCCUCUGUCACACCAGAUUUAUUUGUGAGUGGUGAUUCUGCUCUCACAAGUGCAGCCAAGGGUUCACUGCCACACCAGGAAGGAUGAGGACAGAAGAAACAAAGUUAUUUUAAAUAAUUCACUUUACUGGUGGCUGCUGAAAAGAGCAGAAGGUGAAGAUUCUUCUUUUGGAGUGGUCUGGUCCAAGUUCUCGGUGAGUGUCACCAUGGAAUGUGCUGCUUUUAUUUUCUGUCCCUUAAUUUGGGUGAGUUUCAGUCACUCCUGUUCCAGGACAGAUGGAAAUUCGAGUUUUUUAGGAGCUGGAACACAGGACAAGACAAAUUUCCCUGCUCUAGAGCCCCUCUUUUAAUCAAUCUGAAUUAAGGGACAUUGAAGGGACAGCUCACAUUUGGGAGUUGAGCUCCUCUGAAAAUUCCUGCAGUGGUUUUGGCCCCUUGGUGCUCUUGAAAACCUGAGGAAAAUGUGGGGCUUGUAAAUCCUGCUGCAAUAUUUGGAAAAGCACCUUCCAGCCUCUUUUGGACUGCUGCAUUUUUGAUGAACCCACCCAAAACUAAAGGGUGAUGAAGGAGGGACUUUCUGCCUUGAGAGCCAUGGAUAAUCUGAUUUUUUUGGGGAGAUUCACUGAUGGAAGCGGGGCAGGAAUGUAAAUAAGGAUCCAAUGAAUAUUUAGUGACCAGCUCUGGUCAUGAAGGUUCCACCUGGUUGUAAAUAUUGGUAGAAACCACGAGAGCUGGGACAGCAGCCGAGCUCUGCUCCACAAGGUUGGGAAGUUCCGAGCCUGUGGAGACCCUUGGAGCAGGGAAAAUUCACUUUUUGGGAGCUGCAGAGCUCUUUUUUCCCUUCCCCCUGCUGUCUUUGGUCUUUGGGGUUGUCCUUGUGUGUUUGUGCCUGGGGGAUGGAGCUGUCACAGGGGGCAGGGGCGGGCGGGGGGCGGCUUUUCCACAGGGAAAUUCCACCAAAUUCGGGGUUUUCCUGUUAAAUUGUCAUUUUUGUGCUGCUCUGUUUUGUUUUCCGUGGAGUCUUUGCAGCCUUUGGAUGUAGAAGAGGAUGGAGUUUAUCCACGUUCUUGUGACCAGGGUGUCCAUGUAAAUCUGUUGUGCUUUCCAUUUUGUUUUCUGGAUGUUUUUUCCUGAAAUCUUCCAUUUGUAGAUCCAGCCUCUACAAGCUUUGAGAAAACCAUGUUGGCUGUUUAAAAACCUGCUGUGGUGCUUGAUGAAGAAUCAAAAAUCCUCUUUUUAGGCGAGUUAUUUCUAAUAGAAUCUUUCUCAAAGGUUUUUAAAGGCCGUCAAGACGACACAUCUUAAAACUUAGCUGGUUGUACUUUGUUUAGGAAUACACAUUUUAAUGUAUUUUUGCACAGAAAUGCACUGUAUUUCACAUUAUGAAGGAAUACACGCUGCACUGGUAUUUGUAGUGCAAAGCCCUUGUAAAUCUUCCAAAUGUGGUAGUUGAAUUUCCUGAUGUUUUGUAAGAGAGUUUCAUAACCAAAGUCCUUUAGUCCAGUAACGAUGACAAAUUCUUAUUAACUGAACCUUAUUUGUGGAAGUGACUGAACUAUAUUUGUGGAUCUUGGAGCAUUCUGGAAGUUUUUUUUGAUUGUCUAGAAAAUAAAACUCUCUGAGAGGGUUGCUUUGAUUUUUUUCCCGUUCAAAUGUUGACUGAGUAAACCUGAGAGUGUCUAGA